CGUGCAUCAUUUGAUUUCAGAAACAGAGGCUUUGGGACAUAUCACUACAGCGACCAUCAACGCAGAUUGAACCUCGACUACUUACGCAGCAUCUAGCUAUGCGUACCGCUUUGCGGGUCCUGUAAAUUAUGUCACCAAAAUACUGAUGGGUGGGUAUACCUUUGCAUGCGCCCUGUAACUCUCGCUUCAAUAGAAAUUCCUACGGAGAGUGUCUGCAAAGCAAGCAGGCCGUAAUUCGCACAGCGUGAGGAGCGAAUCAAUAUCUGUCACACACGUGAUUUCCUGCGCUCAUCAAUGUUGUCUCAGAGGGGUUAUGUUGGCUCACUGACAGGGGGAUUAUCCCUUACUCGAUGGCAUCGUCGUACUUCCCGGAAAUUGGAUCGGUCUUCUUCGCACCUUCCAGGGACCCGCACUGGAGUUGGCGACAUUGUGGAUGACACUCCACCUGAGUACACAUCUACAUCUGGGUGUCCCAUCGAGAAGGACACUUGCCCCGAAGAAAUCCAAAACUUCAUGGACUACUACCCAGACGGCAGUUGGAUGAUGCGAUUCACCGUUGGACAGAUCAAGCGCACUUUGCUUUGCUGUUUUUGGUUUUCUCGUCCUGCGGUUGGCCGGUGGUGCCAAAUUACCCACUUAAAUCCGGUGGUAGGUGAUCUGUUAAUGCAAUACAUAUAUCGCAGCAAAUGUGGGUAUGUGGAUCGCGACAAGACCGCAAAGGACUAUUCGUGUGGAUCGUGUUCAAGUGUGCGGUGCCGUGGGUUGGUCCCAGGAAGCCGAGGGCAGUCCCUAUGGUAACAUCGUUCGAUUCCUAUUUACAUAUUAUUUGCAAGUUGACACGUAUAAAUACUGUAAAUGAACUGAACCGAAAUACCCUGGUCGCCCAGCUUCCCCCCGUGCUUGUCCCUUUGCCCGACAUCGAGUAUCCGCCGCCGCCGGGUUGAGCUCAUAACAACAACCCAGAAG